AUGGUUCGCAUCGCUGCUGCUGCUGUCCUGGCUUUAGUUGCCGUGUCUGCUAUGGCGCUCUCGUCUGACGGCACUCCCGCCAAUGCGGCCGUUUUGCGGGCCCGUCAGGAUGCAGAGGCUCCCCCGGCGGAGAAGCCCAAGGAGGAGACGCCUGAAGAGUUCAAGAAGUGGCUGCUGACUGUCGCCGAGGCGGCCGAUGAGCUCCGAAAGAUGGUCGAGGAGGUGGCCAAUGGAGAUGUUGGCAAGGCUAACUAA